GCUGCUAUAUACAUACUGAUUUCCUUUAGGUCUUGUGAUGAACUGAGUAAACCACAAACUUCAACAGAAACCUUCCACACUGAUAGUUGUUUCCACUGCUGCAUGCAUUUGUCAUGUCCAUCUUCAUCAGUUCAGCUUCACCUGGUUUUACAGCAUGGAUCAAAAAGAAAUUCUCACACAAAACCUGGAAAGGGCCAAAAGUAGAAUGCUCCACAAAGCCGAAUUCAGAAAUGAAUUUUUGAAACUGAAAAAGCAAUCGGCAACCUACAAGGCAGACAAAAUCUACCCGACAGUUACAUCUGAGAGCCCAGAAAAUGUCAGCAAGAAUCGAUAUAAGGACAUCUUGCCAUAUGAUCACAGCAGAGUGAGGCUCUCCCUUAUCACAUCAGAUGAAGAUUCUCAUUAUAUCAAUGCCAAUUUUAUCAAGGGUGUAUAUGAGCCAAGGACAUACAUCGCUACCCAGGGUCCUCUUUCCACAACUGUAGUGGACUUCUGGAGGAUGAUUUGGGAGUAUAAAGUCUUGGUUAUAGUUAUGGCUUGUAUGGAAUUUGAAAUGGGAAAAAAAAAAUGUGAACGAUACUGGGUGGACGUAGAUGAGUCUCUGCUCCAGUUGGGCCCCUUUACUCUUUUUUGUGAGGCUGAAGAAAAGAGAAGUGACUACAUGAUUCGUAUUCUGAAAGUCAAACUGAAUGGCAGUGAAAUCAGGACUGUCUAUCAUUUUCAUUAUAAACAUUGGCCAGAUCAUGAUGUCCCUUCUUCAAUUGAUCCAAUUCUUCAGCUCAUAGAGGAGAUGCGGUACUACCAAGGGCAUGCUGAUGCACCUAUUUGUGUGCACUGCAGUGCGGGCUGUGGGCGAACCGGAGUCAUCUGUGCCAUUGACUACACAAGGACUCUGGUAAAAGAUGGGAUUCUCCCAAUAAACUUCAGCAUUUUCAAUAUGAUUCAGGACAUGCGUACACAGCGGCCCUUAUUAGUGCAGACCCAGGAGCAAUAUAAGUUGGUCUAUGACGCUGUGAUUGAGCUCUUUCAAAGGCAAAUUGACACAUGCCCCGAUCAUUCUGAUGCGGUUGCUGUUGAGACUGAAACCAACCAAACAACAGUGAAAGAACUCCAUGCUCCAUUUAUGGAAACUUCUUUUCUGAAACAGCUGAGCAGUUCACUGCAAGGGGAAGAGAAGAAACCUCAGUGUCCUGAUAACAAUGUAUGGGACUUGGACAAACAAGGCCAUUCUGGAGAUGAUGCUUGUCCAGUUAGACAAGCACUUUUUAUGAGAUCCUUGAAUUUCAUCACAAGCAAAAACAUGGGCCCCACAACAGAAUUGCACUCUUGGUCAACAAAACAGCCACUACUUAAACAUCGCAGUGUGGACUUUGACAAUCUAGGUUGGGGAGAAAUGCUUCUCCCUUUGAAAUCUGAAGGUGAAACUAUGAUAAACUUAGAUACGAAGGUGCCUCUCACACGGACCAAAUCAACCCCUUUUGAGUUAGCAUCGCAAAAAACAUCCCAAAUGAUGACAAGAAACAACCUUGAUUCCUCUCCGGACCUUGACUUAAGCCCUUCAAAUAAACUACCCAGCAACACGCAGCAUUGUAUAUUCAAGAAAGUGCGCCAUCAGCGAUGUACCUGCUCAUCAGAAGAUCCUUACUUUUCCUCUCUUUCAUCAGAGGAGCCCAGUUCCCCUGCACUUCUUGACUCUGCUGUGGGUCCACCUGAAAUGGUUUCCUCAGUUUCCCAGGCUGUGGACUUUGCAGCCCAGUCCUUGGAUGGCACAGACCCAAGCCGUCAAUUGUCCAGUUCCCAGACACAACAUCCUCAGCUUUUGGACACAGUGGAAUCCACUUGCCAGAGUUCCCCCCAUCUGGACGAAGACAUUCCUCCUCCAUUGCCCCAAAGAACCCCUGAAUCCUUUAUUGUACCUGGAGAAGAUGAUAUUCCUUUGUUGGCAACUUCAAACCACCAAUCGCCAUCCAAAAAAGAGAAAACUGGAAUAUCUAAAGAGUGGAGCAGCUUGUCUCAGCUGAAAUUUCUUGAUGAUUCUGUGAGAUUGAGGCCAAGUAAGAGUGUGAAACUUCAGAGACCCAGAUCAGAGAUUCCUCGAGAUCAAUCUUCAUCGCCUCCUCCUCCACCACUUCCUGAAAGGACGCCUGAGUCAUUUCUCCUUGCAGAUGAUGAACCUGAGCCACCUGUUAUGAACAAUGUCACAAGACUUGGAGAUUCUGGAAUUAAGCUGACAGAGAAGUCAUCAAAGGAAGCAAAGGGCUUCAGGAGGAGUAAGAGCCUGAAAAUUUUUAAAAAUGUGAAAAAUACUAUUUGUGGUCCAUCUUUCCUAGGCAAAGCGCCAGAGCCUGAUCAAUCACGUCAUGCCAGCUCUGUUCUGAGUUUUGGCUUUGCAAACCGUUUUUCAAAACCCAAAGGGCCAAGAAACCCUCCACCCAGCUGGAACAUUUAGAAGACCUUCACCUGAUACAAUUUGUCCUUAGCCCUGCAGACUUGCUUUGCUGUUCUGACUUUUGGUGUAACAGGAUCAUUAUUCUGAAGAAACAGGUUUUUAUUGUGAUGCCAUGAGAGAGGAUAAUAUGUUUCCUCUAUAUGGUGAAUACAAUGUAAUUUCAUCCAUCCAAUGGAUCUGGACUACAACUAAAGUAAAUGGGAACACAAAACUGUGCUUGUUUCUUCCUUCCAGAGAAGAACCUCUUCUAAGAAGGUUUCUGCAGGCUGUGUGUAGAAGUGUGAGCUAUGCAAGAAUAACACUCUAUUUAAGCAGAACAGCUCUGUUAUUUAUUAGUUAAAUGUGUUUCUGAUAUAUAAAUGUGGAUUUCAAGACCUAACAUUUAUGUUUAUUUGCUUUUGAAAUAUAUCAGAAGCUGUCAUGGAAAUCAUUUUAUUCUAUACAAAUAAAAGGGGCUGUUGCACCCCAGCCAGAAUUCACCUUGUACUCAACACCAGCCAAGAAUCCAAAAAAUAGUAGUAAAACAGUUUACUGAGAAAAAUACAUAUAAAAUGGAAAAAGUCACCAUAAGAAAUAAGAAAGGCAAAAUCCAAUAGGUAAG